AUGGAUAUCAGGGACCUGAUCACACCAAGCUCCAGCAGACAGGAGAAGGCUGUUCGCUCGCCUGCCUCUGUGCAGUCGCCUCGCCCUCGCUCGCACCGAGGGAACACGCCGCAGACAACAUGGGCCGGCAGCGGAGGCGUUCACGGCAACGGGACAGGUCCAAGGCAGACACAGACGCAGGCGCAGACGCAGGCACAACAGGUACAGGUACAACAGGCACAACAACAACAACAGCCGCAGGCUCAGGCUCAGACUCAGGCUCAGGCUCAGAUUCACACUCCCAACAGCGGCCGUGGGCCCCAGACGCCCUCUACACCCGGCAUAGACGCCCUCGUCGAGGCUGCGCACAUCAAGAGAGCCGAGCCGUCGCCUUCGACUGCCUUCCCCAUCGUGCCGCCGGCCGCCACACAGCACAGCACGCCAACUCCGCGGCCGUCGGGGUACGACGGCGCUGAACCCGUUGCCGAUGCGCCCAGACGUGAGUUCAGCAGCACGUGUCUCAGCCCAGAAGCCCAGCGGACGGCGGCUCAGCUGUACAGCAACAUCCAGAAGAACCACUACGCAUACGAGGACCGCGUCAAUUUCAUCCGUCUACUGCACCAGGGCUUUGUUGACCACAUCUACCCGCCAGCCUCGCCCGACUCGCACGGCGAUCCCCACCGCUUCGACGUGCUCAAGGAUCUCAAGGCUGCCCGGGAGGAGCUCGAUCACCUGUUCGCCAUCGGAGAGGAUCUCUGGGCCGAAUGGAUCCAGGACGAGAGCCUGCUCGCCCGCACCGUCAACGAGCGCAUCGCCGUCAUGGAGCUCUGUCGCCGCUCUGUCGAGGAGGAGUACGGCAGCACAAAGCUCUGGGUCAUAUACGGUGAGUGGAUGCUCUACCUUUACAAGGCCUCGUCCGGCGACAGAGAUGGCGCCGGCCGCGGCCACUGGUCCGACGAAGACAGGAUCAUCGGCCGCGAGGUCUUCACCUGGCAGUCCGUCGUCGAAGUGUGGAAGACCGGAGCCGAUGCUACAAAGUGGCGCAUCAACGACAGCCAUCUCGUCUGGAACCGCUACCUCGAGCUGCUCAUCCAGGAUGUCGACGCCUCCCCCUCGCAGGACCGCGUCUCCCAGCUCCGUCUGCUCUUCGAGAGCCGGCUGCAGACCCCCCACGCCGGCUGGGACGACACCUUCCAGCUCUUCUCCAGCUUCGUCUCCAAGUACUACAACGCCAGCUACGAGGACGUCAUGGUCGAUGCCAGGAGCAAGGCUGCCGAGGCAAAGGCCAUGUACGCCGCCCGCGACACCCGAGAAGCAGCCCUACACAGAACCUUCGAGCUCAAGGACACCAAUGCCGAGUGGACCGCCUUCCAGGAGUAUCUCGACUGGGAGCUCUCCAAGCCACCCCGGAGAAAGGGACAGCAGCAGCCUCUCCGUCUGGAACUGAUCACCUCGCUCUACCAGCGCGCCGUCCUCCGCUUCCCUACCGACGCUACUCUCUGGGAAGACUACGUCAUGUUCCUUAUCGAUGAAUCCAUGGACGGGCCCAUGGGCAUCUCACCCAUCCCUGUGAUCGAGCGCGCAACCCGCCACUGCCCUUGGUCUGGCGCCCUGUGGUCGCAGCUCUUCGUCAGCGCCGAACGGGCUGGUCUCUCCUUCGCCGAGAUCCUCGAGCUCAAGCACAAAGCCACGCGUUCCGGCCUACUCGACGCUGCGGGCAUCAAUGAGGUCUUGAAAGUCCACACUACCUGGUGUAGUUACCUUCGCCGCUGGGCACUCCAGCCGGAAUCCACGGACGAAGAUCUUGACGUAGCCGAAGUCGGCAUUCGCUCUGCCAUCGAAUCCGUGCAGGAGCUGGGCGAUAAAACCGACAAGGCCGUCCCCAACGAUCCACUCUUCCAUCUGGAGCGCAUCUACAUUCGAUAUCUCAGCGCGCGCGGAAGCUGGGACAGCGCACGCGAGGAGUUUAAACACCUCAUUCCCCGCCACGGACACAGUUUCGAGUUCUGGCUGGCCUACUACACCUGGGAGCUUCUCUCAUGGAGCAAGUUCAUGCCUAGCGAUUCUUCAGCCAGUGCGUCGCGACGAAUGCCUAACCCGAGCUACGCUACCGCAGUAUUGAAACAGGCUCUACAACGGACAGACCUAGACUGGCCAGAGAAGAUCAUGGACGCCUACAUUUCGCACUGUGAACACUACGAAGACGCGGAUGAAUCUCAACUUGCCAUUAUCGAUGUUCGGAAGGCUAUGAAGGCAUUGACUAAACGUAGGCAGAGAGAGGCCUUGCAGCAGCAGCAGCAACAGCAACAGCAACAGCAGUACCACCAGCACCAGCAGGUUGCAAACCACCAAUAUCAUCAGGCUCAGUACGCUCAACAUGCUCCAGCGGCGGUGGGAGCCCACCCGGAGCCCGUAGAGCAACAACAUCCCCAUCCCGAUGAAGCUCAAUCUGCUGGCAAACGGAAACGCGAGGGCGAACCGGAGAUGAACGGCACAGUCUCAAAGAAGGCAAAAGGUGGCACCAUCCCGUCGGUAGAAGCACCGACUCGAGAUCGAGAGCAUGCAAGUGUUAUAAUCAAGAAUUUGCCCAAGGAUAUCCCGCAGGUCAAGAUUCGCCAGUUUUUCCGAGACUGUGGAAAGCUCAAUUCCCUUCAGAUGCUCCCCGGUGACUCCGGGUCUGCAUUGCUCGAGUUUGAUACCCACGAAGAUGCCCUGGCCGCUGGCACGAAGAACCAAAGGCUUCUAGAAGGCAGCAAAGUGACCGUUGAGCCAGUUACAGACACCACAAUCUUUGUAACCAACUUUCCGCCGACAGCGGAUGAAAAUUAUAUCCGUGAGCUCUUUCAUUCGUAUGGCGAAAUUGCCGAAGUGCGAUUCCCAUCGCUUAAAUACAAUACGCACCGCCGCUUCUGUUAUGUUCAGUUUACUUCUUCCUCAUCCGCCUACGCUGCCACUGGCCUUGACAAGAAAGACCUGGGCGAAGGUCUGGAAUUGGUGGUCAAAAUCUCUGACCCUUCGCAGCGACAGGCUCGGUCUGGCGCGUACGAGGAAGGUAGGGAGAUAUAUGUGUGUAACAUACCAUACAAGACCACAGAGGGAGACCUUGUAGAACUGUUCACCGCAUACGGGGAUGUAGAGUCCGUUAGAAUACCCACCAAGGUGAAUGGAGAGACUCGAGGUUUUGCUUUCGUUAGCUUUGCUACAAAGGAUCAAUCGACCGCUGCCCUGGCUCUGAACGAGAAGACGUUCAAAGGCCGAGAGCUAAAUGUUCGGCUUUCGACCAGCACGGGAGCAAAACGACACCAAAAUACAAUUGUCUCUCGGUCCGAAUCACCAGCCACCAACGCCCAGCGUAACGGAACGAGCACAGCCUCGCCGCCACCAGGCUCAUUGGUUGAUGGCCACAUCAAGCCCAAAGGUGACCGCCACAUACGCACCCUAGCCUUGAUGAACGUCCCCGACACGGUGAACGAUGCCCGCAUUCGUGCUCUCGCAGAGCCACACGGUGCACUGGUGAAGAUAAACCUGCGCCCCGACCACCAAGGUGCUAUUGUAGAGUUUACCAACACACACGAUGCAGGAAUAGCAUCGCUGGCCCUUGAGGGAUACGAGAUUACACCUGGGAGGUUCAUCCGCGUUGGCUCGGUGAAAGAGAUGCUGCAGCAAAAGGCAGAACACAAGGUUGAUAGAAUACCUGUUGGCAAGGAAAAAGGGAAAGCCAGCGGUGCCACGGCCUCCAGCAGCGGCGCUGCUGGCGGGAGCAAAAUGAUGACACAGCCAUCUGCACCGAUAAGACGACCAAACCAGUCCUCUGGCAGCGGCCGCAGAGGCGGAUUAGGGGUUAAGCGCGGCGGAUCCAGUAUGCCUUCCCGAGGCAAACCAUCCGGUGCAACAACGAAUCAUCAUGAUGAUACCGACGGCCAGAAAUCGAAUCAGAACCAGUCCGAAUCCACGACGACACGGAAUAAGACGAAUGACGACUUUCGAGCAAUGUUAUCACAGCCCAAGUGA